UUUCUCUUCACUUUCUUCGCGCAUUUCAUAGUUAUAGUAGAUACCAUAGACUAAGCUUUUCUCUUCAAAUUUUCUCACACUUCUUCAUCAUGAACUUCAACAAGCAGCUUUUUCUUCUUCUCAAUCUUUUCUCGGUUCUACUUCUUUCAGGAGAAAGAGUGUUGCAAGCAGAGGCUGGCCAUCGUCAUCAUCACCAUCACCAUCAUGGUCCAACAAAGUUGUUCGUUUUCGGAGACUCAUAUGCUGACACAGGCAACAUUCAGAAAGCUGUUUCAAGCUCAUGGAAAGACCCUUAUGGCAUCACCUUUCCCGGCAAGCCCGCCGGCAGAUUUUCCGACGGUAGAGUCCUCACCGAUUACAUUGCUAAGUAUUUGAAAGUGAAAUCACCAAUUCCCUACAGAUAUAGAAAACUGAUGCCACAACAUGUAAAAUAUGGGAUGAACUUUGCUUUUGGAGGUACCGGUGUUUUCAACACGUCGGUUCCACUUCCAAACAUGACAAACCAGAUAGAUUUCUUGCAACAGCUCAUCAAAGACAAAGUCUACUCUGCCUUAGAUCUCACCAACUCAGUUGCCCUUGUUUCUGUCGCUGGAAAUGACUACAGUCAUUUCUUGCAAACAAAUGGUUCUGAGGGUUUAUCAUCUUUCGUGGCUUCAGUGAUUAAUCAAACAACGACGAAUCUGAUUCGCAUAAGAGAGCUGGGAGUGAAGAAAGUAGUGGUGGGUGCUCUGCAACCCAUUGGAUGCCUUCCACAGAUCACAGUCUCAAUCUCAUUCCAACGUUGCAAUGAAACCCCCAACGCCCUCGUGCUUCUCCACAACACACUCUUGAACGAAGCAGUGACCACGUUAAACCAACAAACCAAGGAGCGUUCCACGUUCCGAAUUCUUAACCUCUUCGACAGCUUCAUGUCGGUGUUGAACCACCCUUCCACACACAACAUUCGGGACAGGUUGAAGCCAUGUUGUGUUGGUGUGAGCAGUAACUACUCGUGCGGGAGUGUGGACAACAAUGUUAAGAAAUAUAGGGUAUGCGAUGAUCCCAAAUCUGCUUUCUUUUGGGAUUUUGUGCACCCUACACAAGCUGGAUGGCAUGCAGUGUACAACAAGUUGCGAACCAUGAAUGAACUUCAACGGAUUCUUUACUAGCUUCUCCCAUGGAGGAACUGCUUCAUAAUGUUGUUGGCUAGGUUUAGUUCUUUUGUUUGUGUGAAAAUAAUACAUGUCUUUUUCUUAACUAAAUUGUUUCACAGAUUGUGGUUUGUUUAUUCCAAUGUUGUUCGACUAUGGGUGGCUGCAACGUGCAACUACAAUGUUCUUUCUUUUUCA